ACCGAGCUGACCUGGUGUAUUGUGGGCCUGCUCUCUUCCUAUUUUUCACUAUUCCUUUGUGGCCUCAUGACUCGCUCUGGUUUAAAGACCGUCUCAUUCCUCUCGACGUGUCCCAGGCGGGGUUUCCAGUUGUUCGAUAUCUUUUUCUUCCCGGCAAUCUUCCUGUCGGUGUUUUUCUCACCCACCACCACUGAUAUCGAUCUACAGCUGUCUUGAUUAUUCCUCUUGGAAAUACCAGACACAAUCACGAUGAUCGAUCACGGCAUCGUACCUACAUGCAGGUCGGAUGUGGGAACUUCUAAUAACACCUCUGAGGAAUUUGUCAAUCAAGAGUGCAAGAUAUCUAUCAAUCAUGAGUCCGCCAUUAUCCCGAAUAACGAACCCGAUGACUUCUUUCGCCUGUCAUUCCGCGAACGGCUGCGCCAUUUUACCUGGGCCUGGUAUACCUUGACCAUGAGUGCAGGCGGACUGGCCCUCCUCCUCCACAACCAGCCGUAUCAAUUCCGUGGUUUGAGGGAAAUCGGCCUGUUGGUCUAUUUCCUCAACAUCGCCUUCUUCAUCGUCAUCUGUUCUCUCAUGGUCACCAGAUUCAUUAUCUAUAACAACAUGAUGGACUCUCUCCGCCAUGACCGAGAGGGCUUCUUCUUUCCGACUUUUUGGCUCUCCAUCGCGACUAUGAUCAGUGGUCUAUCCGAGUACUGGGGUGCGACCAAUCCCACGCCAUCCCUCGCCUAUGCCCUCAAUGUCCUCUUCUGGAUCUAUUGUAUUUGCACGUUCGCCUGUGCGGUUAUUCAAUACUCCUUUGUCUUCUCAUACCACACAUUCGGCUUGCAAACUAUGAUGCCCUCAUGGAUCUUGCCAGCAUUCCCUAUCAUGCUUAGUGGGACUAUCGCCUCCGCCGUCGCUGGCCAACAACCUGCUCACUCUGCCACUCCUAUGAUUGUUGCCGGUCUUACUUUCCAGGGACUUGGUUUCUCCAUCAGUUUCAUGAUGUACGCUCACUACAUUGGGCGCUUGAUGCAGACCGGAAUCCCCUCAAGCGAGCACAGACCCGGCAUGUUUAUCUGCGUUGGUCCGCCAGCCUUUACUCUUCUCGCCGUGAUCGGUAUGGCGAACGGUCUACCGGAUGGCUUCAAAAUGGUCGACGGUGGUGGCAUGGAUGACCGUCACAUCAUGCGAGUGCUCGCUAUCUGCGUGGGCAUGUUCCUCUGGGCGUUGAGUGUCUGGUUUUUCUGCAUUGCUUUUGGUUCUGUCAUCCGUGACCCGCCCAAGGCUUUCCAUCUCAACUGGUGGGCCAUGGUGUUCCCCAACACAGGGCUGACCCUCGCUACUAUCACCCUCGCCAAGUCGCUGAGGAGCGCAGCGUUUGAAUGGGUUGCCACGGGCAUGUCUAUUUGCAUUAUCUGCAUGUUCCUCUUUGUCUUUACAAGUACGGUCCGGGCUGUUCUGAAGAAGCGCAUUAUGUGGCCUGGUCGGGACGAGGAUGUUUCCGAAUGAUGAUAUUUUGGCUGUUUAUUUCCUACUGUUGUGGUUUGGCGUUGGUUGGGGAAAGAAUAUAUGAGUAUACGUUGAGCGCGCGUGUUUUAUGAUAGCCUGCCUUCUGAUUUUUAUAUUAUUUAUUUAUAUUAUUGUUAUUCUGACUCUGUUCUCCUGGGAAUCUUUGUAGUUUUAAUGAGUAUGCAGAAUUUUCUGCAGCUACUAGGUAUUCCAUUACGCAAGCGGAACAAGAGUACCAUAAA